AUGGGCAAAGGCUACUUCGAGCUGGCUGGUCGCCAGUUCCCGAAGGUGACAUGGUACAAGGACCCGGCGCUGAGGAAGACCUAUAUCAUUCUCAUGUUCGUGGUGCUCACUAGUGCCACCAAUGGUUAUGACGGGUCCAUGAUGAACGGUCUGCAGUCUCUUCCUGCCUGGAAAGACCAUUUCGGUCAUCCCCAGGGCAGCAGGCUUGGGAUAUUGAGUGCCAUUAUGCCCCUUGGUUCGCUAUGUGCUAUCCCAUUCGUGCCGUACACGGCCGAUCUUAUAGGCCGCCGAAUGGGAAUCUUCAUCGGAUGCUGCAUCAUGUUGGUCGGUGUCAUCAUACAGGGCAUCUCAGCCAACUAUGGCAUGUUCCUGGGCGCCAGAUUCCUGAUCGGUUUUGGAGUGGCCAUUGCACACGGAGCCUCGCCGCUCCUCAUCACCGAAUUGGUCCACCCACAACACCGAGCCAUCUUCACGACCAUUUACAACACCACCUGGUAUGCAGGGUCGAUCGUUGCGGCCUGGCUGACCUACGGCACGGAUCACAUCCAGAACAACUGGUCGUGGCGCAUUCCAACAAUUGUGCAGGCGUUGCCUUCUCUGGUUCAGAUUUGCUUCCUCUAUUUUGUCCCUGAGUCUCCUCGAUGGUACAUUGCACACGGCAAAGAAGAGAAGGCUCUGGAGAUUCUCGGCAAGGUCCACGCCAAUGGAAACGUCAAUGACGAGCUCGUGCAGCUGGAAUAUGUGGAAAUCCGUGACACCAUCCGACUCGAAAAGGAGGCUGAAUCGGACUCGUGGUUGGAAUUGAUCAAAACGAAGGGCAACCGCCGCAGAUUGCUCAUCUUAUUGUCUGCUGGUCUCUUCUCCCAAUGGUCGGGCAACGGGCUUGUCUCAUACUAUAUCAAUCAGGUACUCGAUUCCAUCGGCUAUACGGAUAGUUUGACGCAGAAUUUGAUCAAUGGCGUCCUCAAUAUCUUCAAUUUCAUCAUUGCUCUCAGUUGCUGCUUCCUUGUCGACAAAGUCGGUCGACGCAAGUUGUUCCUUGUCUCGACAGCCGGCAUGCUUAUGUCUUUCAUUGUCUGGACGAUCUGCUCGGCAAGGUACUCUAUGACCAAAUCAAAAGGGGCUGCAAAGGCUGUAGUUGGCUUCAUCUACAUCUAUUACUUUUUCUACAACAUCGCAUGGUCCGGCAUGCUUGUGAGCUACACUGUCGAGAUCUUGCCGUACAGAAUCCGCGCCAAGGGCUUGACUGUCAUGUUCCUCAUGGUCGAUGUGGCGCUCUUCUUCAACCAAUGGAUCAACCCUAUUGCUCUGAAGAAUAUUCAUUGGAAAUACUACAUCUUCUACUGUGUCUGGCUCGGCGUGGAACUCGUGGUCGUGUGGUUCUUCUACAUCGAAACGCGCAACACGGCUCUCGAGGAAAUGGCGAAGCAUUUCGACGGAGAUCAGGCGAUUCUCGGUGGAGGCGCCGCCACAACCAAGGGAUUAACCCUUGCCACUGAAAUGGGUCUGGAGGGAACUGUCCACCAUGCCCGUGCUGUGGACGAGAAGAGGAACUCCCUUGGGGUUGAAGUUGAGGAUGUUGCUGGUAAGCAUGAUUGA